CUGCAGUUGCUCAGUUUUUAGUCCAGAUGCACUUGACAAAACAUUUCAGUUUAAGAUUGAGCACAAAAACUAGAUGGAUAAAUGUAAUCACUGGUAAAGUCGCAGAUUGUGUCGAUGUCCCUGAAAGGAUCUUGGUGAAUCACUCACUUUGUGCUCUGUGUGAGAUUAAAGGCCUCUUUCACAACCCUGUCUCUAAUAGAAAGAACAUUCAGAGGUUUCUACAAUAUCAACUUAUUGUAUUUUUUUCUUCUUCUCAAAUUUAUCAAAUGAACACGUUCAACACUCCUUAUGAUGCAUAAUAAAUGAAGUAGCUGUCCCUGGAAACAUCUUAAUUUAGACUUUUGUGGGCAAAUAAAGAAACCAUAAAACAAACUGUUACCUUUUUUCUACAUCAAUUCAAACCUUUUAAUCUUGUACAUGUCAUAGUCUGCUCCAGCCUUUCCCCAUGGACUCAGUAAUUUUCCACUGCUCUACUCUCACCACACCCAUUGACUGAUUACCAGACCCACUCUCAGUCACUGAUCACACACCUGCUUCCACUGACUGAUCACACACACCUGCUCACACUCACUAAUCACACACCUGCCCUCACUCACCAAUCAGCCCCUCCUGCCUGCUCAGUAUAUAUUCUCCAGCCUCACACUCACUCAGUGCCAGAUUGUUCUUUGCCAUGCGAGACUUUCCAGCGUUCAUCUGCCUGUCUUCCCGGUUCCGACCCUGCCUGACUUCGACCUGCCUGUUCUGCCUGCUGCCUGUUGGUGAGGACUGAAGCUUCAGACACAGCAGAGAGAGGGGACAGAGAACCAGCUGUCUUUUUGUUGACCUGGAGAGUUGAGCAGUGGACAUGGCCUUUCCCAAGCAUUCCAUCCUGCAGGCCCUGAGUGUGCUGCUCUUGGCCUGGGUGUUGGUACAUUGCCAGGCCCCUCUCGAACCAGAGGAAGAGGAGGAGGAAGAGCCAAUAAAGGAAGCCGACAUCACAACAGUGGUGACCAAAUCUGAGCCGUUUGAAUGUCCGGCGGAUUGCAGCUGUACGACAGAAGGAGCAGUGGACUGCGCUGGAGUCGACCUCAUAGAGUUCCCAGCCGAUCUGUCUGACAAAACUCGCCAGCUCUCUCUGCAGAACAACAAAAUAGAGGAGAUAACAGUGGAGCACAUUUCCCAUCUGCAUCAGCUUGAGACUUUCAACCUUCAGAACAACUGGCUAACAUCAGACGGUCUUCAAGAUGAAGGUUUUGAGAUGCUUGAAGAGUUGGCUUAUUUAUACUUGGCAAAUAACAAGCUCACUUCAGCACCAAAAGUCCUACCACCCUCUAUGGUUAGUGCUGAUUUUGCUGCAAAUCAGCUUACAAGGAUUUACCCAUAUACAUUUGGUUAUAAACCAAAACUGAAGUCUGUGUAUCUCCAUAACAACAAGCUGACUGAUGCAGGGCUCCCUGAAAAUACAUUCAAUGGUUCUGGCAGCCUGGAGAUCCUCACCAUGUCCAGCAACUUCCUCCGGACGGUCCCCAGGAACCUGCCCUCCAGUCUUUACCGUCUUCAUCUGAAGAGUAACAAGCUAGAGAAAAUCCCAGCGGGGGCCUUUGAUAACUUGCCAAACCUCAGGGAGCUGUAUCUCCAGAACAACCUGCUCAGCAAUGAGGGCAUGGACAAUGAGACAUUCAGCCAACUGAGCAGCCUGGAGUGUCUGGACUUGUCAAAUAACAACCUGAGCAUCGUCCCCAAGGGCCUGCCUCGCAAUCUAGUGCUGCUACACCUCGAGAAAAACUCCAUUCGUAGCAUCCCAGGAGACGCUCUUACUUCUGUCCGAAACCUUGAGUACCUGCUCCUUCACAAUAACAAGCUACGCUCACGUUCCAUCCACCCGGCUGCUUUCCAGGGCUUGAAGAAACUGCACACUCUCCACAUGUACAACAACUUGCUGGAGCGGGUUCCCAGGGGCUUGCCUAGGCGGGCCAAGACCCUGAUGUUGCUUCACAACUCAAUUGCUGAAAUAAGCCGUAACGACCUGGCAGUGCUGUACACCCUGACCGAGCUCAACCUUAGCUACAACAAGCUGACAAGCCCCAAGCUGCACCGCGAUUCUUUUAGGAAGCUGCGUAUCCUAGAAACCCUGGAUCUGUCAGGGAACAGCCUUCACUCCUUGCCUAUGGGUCUUCCUCGCAGCCUGCAGACGCUUGAAAUCAAGAACAACCAGCUGAACUCCAUACCGGACGGUGCACUGACGGGCAUGGAUAAGCUACGAAAACUCGUCCUGAGUGAAAACCUGCUUAAACUGAAUUCAGCCUACCAAGGAGCCUGGAUGGAGCUCAGUGCGCUCACAACCUUAGACUUGUCUGGCAACCAGCUUUCACACAUCCCCUCCGACCUGCCUGAGUCUCUGGAGUACCUUUACCUGCAGAGUAACCGGAUCUCCAGUGUUCCUGCUUCAGCGUUUGAAGGCACUCCAAACAUCAAGGGCAUCUUCCUCCGGUUUAACCGCCUGUCUGUGGACUCUGUGGACGAGAGCUCUUUCGCACACCUGUCCAACUUGCAGGUGCUGGACAUCGGCACCGGAAACACCGACCUUCCCUUUAAAAGAGAGGAGAUGCAGGAGGAACAGGAAACAUAAGUCGUGCUUAACUGAACUGACAUUGGACUGCAUUGUGUCAAGGACAGGAAGGGCUUUGAAAUGGGAAUGAACCUGUGAAUGUCACUUCCCAGGUCCAUUAUUGUAUUGUUGCUGAGGUAGAUAUUUCUGGUGCAGGAUGCCGGAUGAAGUUACUUUAGUUUCCAUUUUUUUGGGCUGGUUAGUAGAGCAUAUCUUUAUAUCUGAGCUUUAAAUAUUUGUUUGUUUUUUUAACUGCUGACACACAACAGUUAUCAUCUAAUGUUUUUGUGCUUCUUUAUCUGACAUUCAUCAAUACAAGUCAAUGUGAAAAUUCCCAUGUAAUUGUUUCAGAAUCACCACCCGAGAUAUAUGCAGAGUGAAAAAG